AUCACAGCGACGCGCAACGAAAAGAUAGCAAACAUGUCAGACAAGAAACAGACUGUGGAUUUGGGAUUAUUAGAGGAGGACGAUGAGUUUGAAGAAUUCCCAGCCGAGGAUUGGACGGGUCUGGAUGAGGAUGAAGAUGCCCACGUGUGGGAAGACAACUGGGAUGAUGACAACGUAGAGGAUGACUUCUCUAAUCAACUCCGAGCGGAGCUGGAGAAACAUGGUUCCAAGAUGGAGACGUCGUAGUAGCUGCCUAGUGGACACAGCUGCUGGGAUUAGAUAUGGAUGGACUUUGAUGUUCUGAAUGUUAAAACUUCACACUUACGAUGGAGGAUGUUUAUAACUAAACUCGCUCCUUUUUUCCCAAAAAAACUUGACUUGAGUAAAGUGUUUGAAAAUGUCCCCCUUUGGAUGUUUUCAUUGUUCUAAUGAUCUGUAUUGAUUCAGAUAAUGUAAGAGUUAUCUAAACAUUAAAGGUGGUUCAGUUCACG